CAGAUACAAUUGAAAUCCAGGCGGAAGAGAAACUAUGCUGUCAGGCUAAGCAAUUGCGACCCACGUUGUAUUAGAAAUGAGGUAUCUCAAGAACCAAAUUGGCAUCAGGCUUUCACAGUUACUUCUUGACCAAAGUAUAUGUUCAUAUGAGUCGGCGCCGUUCGUAGUACCUUUCUUCAAAACAUUCAGUAACAUCUGAUUUUUAUUUACACUAUUUUAACGUCAUACAAUGGAUCUUCCGUGCACUGAAUGGCAUGAGCACGUUGAACAGAAAUGGACUCAGCUGCCCAGUGACCAAAAGAAGGCUUUUUCCACUCUGUCAGAAGUAGAUGACAUAUUCGCCUUUGGACAGUCACUGCUGAACCGUACAGACUUGCAGCUCCUGUGUGGUCUCUCUGAAGGCUUCCAGGUGCAGAAGGAGCCACAGAACGCUGGCAAAUUCAGGGAACAGGGGAACCUGAGCUUCAGGGCACGGGACUACGCUGCAGCUGUCUUGCAUUAUUCCAAGGGUGCGUGUCAUGCUGUACAGGGCGGAGAGGAGUCCUCACUCUGUUUGGCCAACCGUUCUGCUGCCCUCUUCCACCUCUGCCUUUACCAGGACUGUCUUGAGGAUAUCCGUAGGGCUCUAGACCAGGGCUACCCCAGUCACUUACAGCAGAAACUGCUGGAUAGGAAGACCCAGUGCCUGAACCGCCUGGGGCAAAGGGCUCAGCAAAAGGAGGGCCGCAUCAAUGGAGAUGCUAAAUCUAUUAGCACUGGGCACCGGCUGCCACGGGCUUAUGGGCCUGGGAUGGUCACUUGUGCAUCCCCUGCCGUGGCUUUCCAGUUCAGCCCCGACAAAGGGCGCCACCUGUUGGCAGCAAAGGCUAUAGCGGCUGGCGAGGUGGUGCUGGAGGAGAGGGCGUUUGGUUGCGUCCUGAUUCCCGGCGGAACGCCCGUCACCAGGCCAGAGAAGGACAAAUACAAGGAGGUGAGGGAUGGAGGGAUUAAGACGGAGCUUCAGCACUGCCACCACUGCCUGCGCCAGACUGUGAACCCGGUGCCCUGCCAGGGCUGCAGCUAUGCCUGGUACUGUGGGGAGCGAUGCCAGCGGGAGGCGUGGGAAGGGCACCACCGUUGGGAGUGCCCGGUCGGAGGGGAGCUGCGGGCUGCUGGUGUCCUGGCUCACCUCGCGCUGAGGGUGGCCUUGAGAGCGGGGCUGGAGGAAGUCCAGAAGGCCAGGGACGAUGGAGCCAACCCAAGCCCCGUUCCAGUUCUAGAGCCAGCCAAUGAGAAAGGGAGCGAGAAGGAAGCCAAGAAGGAAAAGAACAGUGGGGAAGGUAACCCCGUCAAGUUGCUGAAUGUACCAGAGGUUUCACAGCAAGGGACAGACGCUGGUGGAGACCCGGAGUCUUGGAACGGCACCCCGAUCCAGGGCUGUGACUCUGCGGGCCGUUACCAUGGCGGCUCCUACCUUUGCGUCCAUCACCUUCUCCCGCACCUGUCCGGACACAAGCCUGGCCUGCGCUUUCUGUGUGCGGUCACCGUGGCGACCCUGUGCCUGAGGCUUCGAGAGGUGGGGCCUCUUCCUGCGGCGUGGGGGGCUGGGACUACCACGGGUGCUGAGAGCGGCAGCCAAUCACAGAGCCUGGAGGAGAGCAGGGGCGGGAUUCCGGAGCUGAGCUUGCUGGGAGCAACGGCACUGAGACACAUGCUGCAGCUGAGGUGCAAUGCCCAGGCCGUGACCAUGCUUAAAGGCACAGGUUUGUCAGACUCGGCGGUGCAGUCUGUCCAGGAAGUACGCGUUGCCACGGCGAUCUUCCCUACUCUCAGUCUGCUGAACCACUCCUGCAGUCCCAACACCAGCGUGUCAUUCAGGACGGACCCCAGUCAUGGUGUCACCGUCACGGUUCGUGCCACCCAGGCCAUCGGUGCUGGGCAGGAGCUGCUGCACUGCUACGGGCCUCACUAUAGCAGGAUGCCCGUGAGAGAGCGACAGAGACUCCUGCAGGAGCAGUACUUCUUUCUGUGUCAGUGUACUGCCUGUUGCCAGGAACUGGGCUCAGAGGUCAAAGUUCGGGGUGCAGCUCCCAGAACCCCAGAACUCCAUUGCGUGCUGUGUGGAUCCACCCUACAGGGAGGAGAAGAUGGAUAUGUCUGCUCCCGGUCCCCCUGUGACUUCCAGCUAUCCCAGGCUGACCUGGAACACAGACUGCAGGACCUGCAGGAGCAACUGGAGCAGGCAGCCAGGCUCAUUCAGAGGGACAGGCCAGAUUACGCGCUCAGGGUGUUGCAGACGGCCAGCGGUGGAGCCGGUCGCUUCCUCCCGGAGACUGACCCGAUGCGGGGAGAGCUGGCGGACACCUGGGCGCGGGCGCACGCCGCUGUGGGGGACUGGCGCCAGGCGGCAGCCCAGCUGAAGCGCAGCGUGGUGGCCGUACGCGCCCAGUAUGGGGAGGAGAGCCUGGAACUGGGACGCCAGCUCUUCAAACUGGCACAGCUGCACUUCAACGGGGGAGAGCCUCGCCCAACCCUGGCUCUCAUUCCCCAGGCCCGACGCCUCCUCUCCCUGCACUGCAGCCCCUCCUGUGAAGAGCUGGAGGAGCUGCGGGCCAUGGAGGACUGCCUGCAGGGGGUGCUGUGAUUAAGACACGGACCUAGCGGCACACGGCCAGGCAGACACGCCUCUGAUUCAACAGCAUCUCGCACUGGAAGGAAUGGUGACUUAUAUAACGGCAAUAAAAUAAUGACUUAAUGACACUGGAAUUCGGCUUUGCAGAAAAUAAACUCGAGACUUUUUGUUCAUGUAAAGCGACCUGACGAUGCUCUUGGUAGCACAGUAUGGCUGUUUUCAUGUUUUGCAGUGUUUGGUCUAACGAUGAUAACAUGCUCUGUUCAUUCUAUAGAGUGAUAGUGAGUUGAGGUUGCCCAACUUUUUAUUAGCAUUUGGUAUUAGCAAUGAAGUUCUAAGAUUGUGAAAGGCAGAGACAAAUGAGGUGAGUGAGGGGUGGAGGGCUUGUCUGUCUACAGAUGGAAACAGACUGCUUGGGUAGAGUUCCCCUCACUGCACUGAGUCAUUGCUCCCAACUGACACUGCAACCCUGUAAUGAUUUUUCCGGAAGAUUUGGGAAGGAUUCCUGAGUCACUAACAAUUUCCAGAAAGCUGCCUCUAAACACAUGUCAGAGUUAUCCAAGAGAAGCUGAGCCUUACUGCAAAUGAAGCAGAGGGUUUAGACAGCAAGCAGCUGAUAAAUUUACUCUCCACACAGAGAGUAAAACUCAAAAUAGGGUUUUUUUUCCACGGACACUUCGCGAGUCUCUCGGGGACAAUGAGAAUUGUGGAGAAGAAAUGUCUGUGAGCCUGUCAAUGCAUGGAUGUCGCCAUGCUCUGCUUAGAAACUGAGUGAACAACUGAAGUGAAGCAACUGAAACGCAACAAAAUGACAGCUGUUUUGACGGAGACCGACUUGCUUGUCACUCGGAGUAACAUAAAAAUCAUGACCAAUCUGCAUAUUGAUAUGGUUGUAAUAUUUCCUACAGGAUCAUUUUGAGCAAUUGCAGAACCAUGAGUAGGUGAAUAGAAUUGGCUUGUUUAUAUUCAAGUCCUGGCAAAGUUCUGCCUUGUUGGCCAAAUUCUGUUCUUAACUGAAGAAGGGUGGGGUUUACGGAACGCAACCAAGAAUUUUCAUUAGUGCAUGCAAGUACUUGAUACAUGUAUAAAUGCUGACAUUUCAUAUUUUGACCGUUGUUCAUACACAGAAAUUCCUGAGAGCUGCAUAGACAGGCAUUAUGAUUGUUUCCCACCUAAAAUUAAGCACUUCAAGGAUGUCAGGGAUAUUGCCUAUGCCAUGGUUCUUGAAAGUCUUUGAAAAUAUUUCUGCCUGAAAGGUUAUGGUAAACUAUGUAAAGUGCUUAUCAAAUUCACUAAGCGUUAGCACUAGCGCUGACUAAAAGGAAAAUUCUUGAAAAUCAUACAUUUAUCCUUAAAAUAUAAUUGAACUGUCACUUCAAUGUAUUACUAUGGAUUUAAUAGUAUCACUUAGAACACAUUUAUUGUAACAAUGUUGCAUACAAAGGUACUGGUAACAUUUCUGAUGAUUAGCAUUAAUCGUGGAGGACAUAUGUCUAUAACAUUUCAAGGAUGUAAGUAAUUAAAGACUGGAUCUUUUUAAAA